AUGGGAAACGGUAUGAGAAAGUACUCGAGCUGUGAUGACUACUAUAAAAGACGGAGGAAGAAUAACGACGGUGGAGCGAAUUUCACAAAAGACUACUGUGAGUACUGGAAGACAGAAAAGAAAGGAGGCAAAGAUGAUAACUUUAGAAAUGAGAGAAACGAAUUCUCAUUUUCCAAUAAUAUGGCAUACGACUCCCCACUGCGAAACAGCCGCAAACAGCCAACAACAACGUUCAUAUCGUCAUUCGACGGUUCCAAUAAUUUCUCAAAAAAUCUAGGAAGAAGAUAA